GAAGGAUCGGCGUGUCCUUUUCGGGACGACUUUGGAUGGCUACCACCAACAACUUGUAGGUCGAGUCAAUGGGUUCGCUCUUCAAAGAGAUAUUUUGCUGUUGUCGCCGGGGCUCACCUACUUUUGACGAACCGGAUGAGCGGACGCACCUCAUUCGCCCGACCGAGGAUGUCCUUUCCACUACAGGUCCUAUCGUCGACCAUCAGAAACUCAGGGAGCGGCUUGGCACAAUCGUUCGGUCCAAGGAGGGAAAGAUGGUCAACGUGAACGCAAUGCUUCCAUUCAACCUCCAUAACAGGGCGCUGCAUGGUCAAGUCGAAGCUUCUUCCUCACGCUCUGCCAGAAGUCUCUCCGGUCAGCGAAGUCCUGCCCAGACAACCGUGGACCUUCCUGAGCCGCCUGACCCGUCUCUGAAUUCACCGUACUCUCCGACCGGAGACAAGGACGACGUGCCCUCGUUGCAGACUAGUCGCUCCACGACUUCUCUCCAUCCCGGAGAUGCAUCUUAUCUUCCGCCGGAUGCGGAUCCCGAAAACGGCUACAAGCGACCGAUAUUGAAUGCCCGGAUAGUGAGAGGUGUGGGUGGAUUCAGCGUAGGAGGACGUGUUGGGAGGAGUAUGACCAGAGGCAGGACUGGCCGCUUUGGAGACGACAGGAUACAACCGCUGACUCAGCGCACUGAGGAUGGCACUUCCGUUGAAAACCCUCCCAAUAAUGCUGGCACACCAACAUUGUCUAGCCCAGGUUCAGGAGACGAUGAGAAUGCUCCAGGCUCCCAGAUUGCAACACCUAAAGCUCUUCAUUUUAAAAUCGCAGACCCUGCCAAGAUAUCCCGCAGUUGGGGGGAUUGAUGCGAACUGUUCCUUCCGCCAUUCAAACCAUUCAACGAUCGCAUGCAUACGAUGAACAUACCUUGAACACUCCUCUCCAGUCUCUUCGUCGGUUCUUUCCUCAUCGGUUUCUUCCUUCUGGCAUACGAUUGCUUCAUCUCGGACCCAUGGAUCAUCUCCUGUAGCCUUUAGCACAUCAUCUAUUUUCCACUUACUUGGAAAUAUAUAUCCCCCACUUCAUGCUAAUGAAUUUCAGUAUAUAUAGCCUGC